AUGGCUGAAGAUGCAGCAGCAUUCUUUGCGAAGAAGAAGAAAGGCAAGAAGAAGGCUUUCAAGUUCAACGCCAACAAUAUCGAUGCUUCUACCGUAACCCAAACUGUGCAUGUCGACGCCCCGGCACUGUCGACAGAUCAAGAGUCUGGAAUUGCCGGUUUGUCCAUUUCUGCCGCUCCUGUCCAAUCGGAAGCCGUUGAGAAUGAUAAGGGCUCUGGAGAGCAAUGGGAUGACGAAGCAUUGGCUGCAACCCUGACGCGUAAGACAGCCGCGGCUGCUCCUGGAGCUGGAACCAUGUCAGAACUUAUGGAUAUGAAGGCGUUCGAUCCAAAGAGAAAUGAGCAAGACAACAUUGCGGAGAAAUUGAGGGUAGAAGAAAACAAAGCCAAACUGGCGGCAGCACGAGAAGGAAUGGAACGAGAGGCAGCUCGCCUCAAGGAAGAACAAGAAAAGAAGACUCAAGCCACUACAGCUCCUCGAUUUGCGGCUGCCGCUGGCGGAAAGUGGGUUCCUCCUCAUGCCAGGGGUGGAGGUGCCUCGCGAUUGAUGGGACCAAUGGGUUCACAUAAGGUAGACACUCAGGAUGAAAACUUAUUCCCAGAUCUGGCCGCAGCUGACGCCAUUAUUGAGAAACAACAGAAACAACAUACGGCCUAUAAGGUGGUCAAAAAGACGCCCGUGGGAGGAGGAGCAUCUUGGGCUUCAAAGCCAAAGAUCCAAAAGCAGCAGCCGUCCUCUCCUCCCAAACCAGUCGAACCGCCUAAAAAGGUGGAGCCAGCACCGGCCCCUGCUCCCCCGCCAGCUCCUGCACCCGCCAAAUCACCUGAAAAACCAAAACCAGCCGCAACGGAAGCCGCAACAACCACCCCUGCUAAGAAACCUCUGGGAAAGAAGAAAAAGAAAAAGGAUCUUUCCACAUUUAAAGGUUAA